GAAUUGUCAUCCUUUCCUAGCACAGCCUCUACAUCACAGGAAGACCAUGAAAGCAAUUCAGAAUCCACUUCCUCAAGGAAAUUGAGGGUAACUCUGUUAAGCAGUGAAUGGAGAUCAACAAAAGGAGGCUUGUCAACCAUCAACCGAGAGCUGGCCAUUCAGUUGGCUAAACACCCCAAAGUGGAUGUUAGCGUUUAUCUUCCCCAGUGCAGUGAAGAGGAUAAACGAGUUGCUGCAAGUCACAAUGUACGUCUUAUUGAAGCAGAAGAAAUGCCAGGUUAUGACAACCCAGUAGACUGGUUGUCCUUUUUCCCUGAAAGCCAUUCUGUUGAUUGUGUGAUAGGACAUGGGGCUGUUCUUGGUCGGCAAGUGCAGGGUAUAAAACGUCAGUGUAAGUGCAAGUGGAUUCAGGUCGUUCAUACAGCUCCUGAAGAGCUUGGUAUGUUUAAGUCCUACACAGAUGCCAUUUCAAGAGGCGAGAAAAAGCACCAGGCUGAGGUAAAACUCUGUGAAAAAGCUGAUCAAGUUGUAGCAGUUGGACCCAAGCUGGCUGCAGCUUUUUCAGGUUAUCUCCGUCCUUGUGGAAAAGAUCAAGAUGUUCUCAAUCUUACCCCAGGCAUUUUCUCUGAGUUUGCUGAUGUAAAGCAAGCCUCUCAAGAAAUAAGUUCAUUCAGUGUUUUAGUGUUUGGACGUAGCGACAGUGAAGAUUUUCAGCUGAAGGGAUAUGAUAUCGCUGCCCAAGCCAUUGCUGAGUUGAAAGACUCGACCUACAAACUUGUGUUUGUUGGGGCAACAAGCGGAGAAGAAGAGAAAGUUGCACAUUUGCUACUUAAGUAUGGCAUUGAUCGCAGUCAACUUAGGGUGCGUCGUUUUAAUGAAAGCAGAGAGAAGUUAGCCCAAUUGUUUUGUGAAGUAGAUCUUGCUAUAAUGCCAUCACGAACUGAGGGAUUCGGUCUAGCUGCCCUUGAGGCUUUAUCAGCUGGUCUGCCUGUGCUGGUUAGUGGGAACUCUGGUCUUGGCGAAGCUUUGAAGAAAGUUUCGUUUGGUUCAAACUGCGUGGUGAAGUCGGAAAAUCCAAAAGAUUGGGCCAAUGCGAUCAGAAUUGUCCGUGAAAAAGACAGAGAGAUGCGACUUGACGAGUGUAAAACCCUACGUGAAAAAUACGCUUUGAAGCACAACUGGCGCGAUGACUGUAAUCGACUUGUGGAACGAAUGCUUAACAUUUCUGAAGGUAACAUGUUCACAUUGUUAUUUAAGUUGGUCUUCAUGUGUUAGAAUGCUGACGCUAGGCCCAGGAACUGUACUUGUAUGAGUUACGCAGCUAGAACAACCAGUAGUGAAAAGCUGAGUAAUACAAUGAAUUUGCAUUCAUUCAAACUUCAUCACCAUUUUUCCAACUCGCACAAUUUGUUAAAUGCAUGCGAAUGUUUCUGGACUUGAAUUUUACAAAAACAGGAAGGAAAAUUUUCUGUUCUGUGUUCUUUGUAAAAGUUUGAUUAGUAAACAGCAAAGAAAUGUACAGAAUCUUUUGUCGUCUUGGCGGUUGCCUAAUACAUGGUUCCCGAAGAAUCGUCCGGGUUAUAAAACAAAACAAAAAAAAUCGCCUGAUCGCAGGUUAAAUCGCUGCCAGUUUUUUGGGCAAGUCGUUCCGGACGAUUACUAAGUAGGAAGUAGCCUGUAAACAAAAAUACUUUAGUUCUGUUCAAGGUUGAGUUGUUUGAAACAUGUUUAACCGUAAUCGUACGAAGUUACGCAAACUCAUACAACAACCAGUAGUGAAAACCUAAGUAACAAAAUGAAUUCCAUUCAUUUAAACUUCAUCGCAAUUUUUCUAAUCCGGAUCAUCUUAAUCGCCCCAAGUUUUUGGACUAAAUUGCUUCGGACAAUUGUUCAAGGUUGAGUUAUGGGAGGGAGCGAGGCCGAUUGGUUAAGGGCGCUGGAUUCGCGGAGGCCCCGAGUUUAAGUCCCGGUCUGACCGCUAGCUGGAUUUGUUCACGGUAGUCACGAGUUCAAAUCCUCGACCACGCUUGUAAGUAGCCAGCUGGUUUGCCUCCGGCCAGUUGGGAUUCUUAACCCCGUUAUAUUUGAUUUGAAUUAUUUGUUUCAGUCAUUGGCUCGGUGCCACUAGCAUAGGUGCUAUAAAUACUGCCGAGGGUAAAUAAAGAGAUUAUUAUGAUAGUUGUUGACAGAAACAUGUUUAUCUGUAAUCCUAGUUUAACUGUAAAUAGAGCAUACGAAUUGUCAUGGUAACCAACCCUGGUAUGUGCUAAUCGCCUUGCAAACAACUCGGUCCAGGCCAUUGCUAUCUUCGAAACACAUGAUGGAUCGUCUCAAUCGCCUGGAAACAUUGUGCCAUAACUAGCCCAAUCGAAACGAUGCCGACGAUAAGAGACCUUACGAUUCGACAACGCUGACUUGCGUGUUGAAAAAUAAACUUCGCAUUCUCUCAAACGUUUUUGCGUUAUUCCAAGUCGCCCAGUUACAUAAAAGAAGGAACAUGAAUAACGUUGGAGCUGAAGAGAGGGUACCGCGGCCGAUUUCACGAAGAGACAGUAACAUUUAUCGCCUUGCCGUUCCCGUUCUCAAGUUAACUUAAAAUUUGAUCAUUUCACGUCGUAGUUGUUCUAGAUGGCAAGGAAAUGUACAAAAAAGCGUGUUGCACCUGCAGAGUUGUUUGUUUGUUUUUUUUUUGCUUCCUAAACCUACUGAGCGUUUUGACAUCACGUCACGUCCGCCAUAUUAGGGACUUUAGGAUACGACGAGGUGUAGGCCUUGUCCUCACUAAUGCGUUUUCAAAAGUAUACGUUUUCGUUGUCAUCGAAAAAGCAUCGAUCGAUUCGUGUCCACACUACCGUUUUUUCUUUUUGUUAGUUCAAUAACCACCCAACAGUUCAGUAACCACACCAGUAGUUCAAUGACCACACAUUAAUUCAUUGAGCGUAAACUACAUGUAGCUGCGGAAAAAUAGCCACAACUACGUUUUUUCUUUAAUUAGAAUAUGUAGCAUUAAGUAAGUGAUAAAUACUCAUUUAGCAACGAUACAAGAACCAAAUUUACAAAUAGCUAUGGUACAUUGUUAUUAAGUCUUAGUGAGCUCACUAAUAUAGACAGGAACAUAGACUGAUGUUAAUUAAGAAGUUCUAGUCUGCUCAGAAGGUCUGUCAUUCUCAUCAGGGGCACAGUGAACAGAGCUGGAAAGAGAGUUAGCGCUGAAAAGGGAAAGCCAACUCGGUCCGGAGAAAAAAUCGGAUACUAAAUAAACCGACAGAGCGCGCGUUCAUAAAGCAGAAAACGUAACCGUUAGCGGUGGAUGAAACCUUGUUUUGACUCUCUUUCCGCACGUUUUAAAUUUUGAUGCGUUUUCGGCCGUCCAGAGGAAUAGAAUAUGUAUGCAUUUUGGUUUGGUGCACUUUGUUAGGCGUUUUCAAAUCGAUGUGUUUUCGAUGAAAACGCUCAGCCUAUAAGUGUGGACGGAAGGCCUAAACGCAUCGAAAUGUAUGUGUUUUCAAACGAAAACGCAUUAACGUGGAUAGGGCUUAGAAGGCAAAACAACAACUUUGCACGUGCAUCCUACCUUUUCUUUGCUGUUUUUGCAGACUACCACGUGAAAAUGCCUAUUUGUAAAUUUCUUUUUCUGAACUUGGAUAGGGAUCCUAGGAAUUCAACUCCGGGAGGAUUCGCCUACUUUUGUUAAAGUAAAAGGGUAGGAAUAAUCGCGAUAAAGACUGAAAGAACGUAAACUCGCUUUUUAAGGGACGUUUUCGCUGCAAUCGCGUCGUCAGAUCGUGAAGUCCCUGUUGGUGUAACAAAACAAUCCUGUGGGAGUUGAACUCUUAUCUUAAGCAAAAAGUUUCUUUUGUUCCAAUAAAUUUGCACGUAAGUGAAAAUGGUCGUCGUUUUAUGCAUUUGUUUGUUGUCCUCUGUGCAACUGAAACUACGUGAAUUUGCAUCUCUGCAACUAAUUGAAUGCGUUAUGGAGAAUGUGUGCACGCAACAAUGUGUUCCUUUCUCUUCUUGAACUGGGAUAUGGUUCGUAACAAUUCAUUUCUACUAGGAAAGUUGUUCUAUAUUUGACUAUUUGUGUGGAUUGGUUAAACUCUUAAAGUCUGUUUAAAUCAAAGGGUCUGCGAGGUAGAUAAAGAAUUGUUUAUGUCUUUUGUAGGCCCCAAUACAGAUGAACAGAAUAUAUCUAAGAAAGCUCCUGUGAUCUGUCAAGAUGAAAAAGCCUCUUCUUCUGCAAAAUCUCUUCAUAAAGGUACACUUAAGUUGAAUCUUAGAAAAAUGGACAUGAUAUUUAUAAGAGGAAAUCUUUGUUUUUCAUGUAAAACAUUUACCGAAGUCUAACGACAGCUUAUUAGUCUCGCUUGCGUAAGCAGCGAGACUCAUAAUCUUCAACGCGUAUUUUGCCCCGGGGGUAGUCCCUUAUAUAGGCUAUAUGGGUAUGUGCGGCGCCAAAGGGUAUGGUUUUUCAGCCGUUUUGGUCUGUUAGGGUAUCAAUUUCGACCAUUUUGGCCUGAAAUAGGGUAUGGUUUGUGCACUCUAGUCUUGAAUUGGGCACGUUUUUUAGAAGAAUUAGCUACUUCUUCAUCAUUUGGUGAUAAAACAAUUUCCCUUUUAUUGUUUACGUCAACUACCGUGUACAUGCCGUAACAGCUUCUCACGCGUUCCGGUCGUGCGCCGGGCUCCAGAGCUUCAGGUCUGAAAUAGGGUAUCAAAUUUUUGAUUAGGUCUGAAAUAGGGUAGAGAAAAUCACAGAUUUUGGUCUGAAAUAGCGUAAGGGUUUCAGGAAGCGUGCCUCCCAUCCCCACCCAUUUUUUCUGGAAGUACCCCCAUGACUUUUUUGUCGUUUUUGGGUCAGAAAUCGGGGGUCAUUGUACCAGGGGUUCCUUGCGGACACCGUGGAAACUGGGACUAAGAAUAUAUUAAUAUUCACAUGGACAAAUUAAUGCGAUGAGUCGUCGAAACUCUCAUGGACUAAAAUAGUCCAAAAGUCAAAAUAUAACAAAACAAAGCUAAGAUACCUUCAACUGAACGUAUUCUUGUCUUUCCUGGCCGGUUUAAGUGGCAUUUUGUUGAGUUUUGCAAUUGUAGGUACUAUCCACUAAAGAAGAAUUAAAGGCUGGCUACAAAACAAACAAACCAUCUCCACGCGCCUUCACAUGAAGCGCUAUAAAUUCGAGAAUAAUCGACGAAUCCGCUCCAAAUAACCAUCGGCUAAUCUGCAGGUAACGUGUGCUCCUGCUUCUGGCUCGCUUGCUCCACAAAACCCAUCGCAACUGCACAAUAAUUGCAAACCACUGUUGACCUUUACGCUUCGAUAUGACCGCAAACGACCAGGUUUAAUACGCGACGUGAAUAUUCAAGCUUAGCGACCGCGUUCGCGCAACAAUGCAGCACUUGCUAUGGGAGGGAUGGUACUAUUACUAGAUGGUACUAGACGGUUUGUUUGUUUUGUAGCCAGCCUUUAAUUCUUCUUUAGUGGAUAGUACCUACAAUUUCAAAACUCAACAAAAUGCCACUUAAACCGGCCAGAAAAGACAAGGAUACGUUCAGUUGAAAGUAUUUUAGCUUUGUUUUGUUAUAUUUUGACUUUUGGACUAUUUUAGUCCAUGAGAGUUUCGACGACUCAUCGCAUUAAUUUGUUCAUGUGAAUAUUAAUAUAUUCAUUCAGUGACACAUACUACGUCUGGGCCGCCUGUGAGGAAAGAUUAAAUUUAGAGCUUUUGCGAAACGUGUCGGUCCACGAAUUCUAUCGCUUGAAAGCGUUGAUUACUUUGGAGCAAGUGAACACUACUGAGUGGUCGAAAAAAAUAAGAAUCUUAAUUAGCAAAAUUGCGAUGGUCGGGUGUUGUAAACUUUCACUGUAUGCAAAUGAGUCUUUUGAUGAGCAUGCGAUUUAUUUUCGACGAUGAUUGAAAUGACGUGCCAUGUAAAUCACUUUUUCGAUAUCUGGCAAUGAUGUAAUUUCUCUGGAAUCGAGGCCCUUAAAUUUUCGUGUAUUUAUACACGCGUUUAGCCUGCUACGGCAGAGGUAUUUUUGGUCGUCGCUAGCAGGCGUACUAAAUCAGUUCAGAAACAAAUAAAAAGUAUCGACGUCGAUAAAGUAGGAAGUAAAAAACCUUUAGCGAGUAAAUCAUGUUUCUUGUACAAUUAAUCGCCAUCAUUCCUCGAUCUAAUCUCCAAGCAGGCGAGACCUGAAUGCUGCUGUAAGCGCGUUCUUGUUGGGUAUUCUUUGUCGGACAAUUAGAUUUACCAGGAAUGGUCAGGGCACUGAAAAACCACGCGUCUAAAAAAAAGGGUCAAAAUUCUUUCACAAUGUCAUGGGUCAAAAUACGUCAAUUGCUGACAAAAAGCACUGGUUUGACCUUUACUUGAAAGGUGAAAAAUUCCUUACCACUAUCACAGACGCGCUUUGUCCGUUGACUUACAGAGGAGUCUUUUUUCCAAGAUGGGUGAUCCGUCUUUAGUGUGAAAACGACCAUUAUUAAUGAUGAUAUACCCUUGUACAUGAACGCGAUUCAUGGAACCUCCAAAUCCCUAAAUUUGCCACAAUUGGGGCCCUUUGUUUGUUCGCUUCUAGCCCCAUGCAGGAUUUGUUGUCAGGGAAUGUAGCGUUAAGAAUAUGUUAGUAUGACUGUGGUGCGUAUGCUCAGCGGUAUUGCGUGCCAAGAGUGACGUCAAGAGUGUGUGUGUGUGUGUGAAAACAAACUUGGCAGAGAUAGUUGUAUUUACUGUUCCGUCUACAUUUGUGUAUAAGCCUCUUUAAUCAUGGCCUUACUGGCUGGUAAAAUAAUACUAAUUUAAAGAUCGGCUAAUAUUAUUGGUAAAUUAUCUUCUGCGCAGCUAUUUAGACAAAAGCUUUAUUAUGUUGGUAUUCGCUGGAUUUAGUUUCAGGCGCAGCAAAGAGAUCCAAGUCUUCAAAAAAAGCCAAAAGACCAUUAUCUUCAAGCGACACUCCAGCUCCAAAACAUCCGAGACUGUUGAGAGAUGAAGGUAAAGUUUUGUUUUCCGUUAUUUAGAGUAAGGGUUGGUAUUGUAUUAAGUGUAUAUGAGAGAGUAUGUGUAAACUUUCUCAAUAUAGUAUAGUGGGGCCUUUGUAGCCGGUCUUGUGUUCUCUAAGCGCGUCUUCAUAACCUGCAUAACUGACGAAACAAGACAGUGGUGGUGCUUUUCGUUGUCGUAGCUGAAUUCCCGCCAGCUACGCAGGGGCUUAACCAUUUGGCGACCGCCACCGAAAUGAUUCUUAGAUUUGUGACAUUUGCCUGAAGACUUUGAUGGAUCACAAGUGAUGUGUUACAAAAGCCAGAUCAUUAAAGCAACAUAAUUUUACAAAGAACGAAUUUUCGUUUAAAUGUGGGAGGAGGGUAAAUGUGGCAGCUACUUUGAAACUUUUUUAUUUAAUCCCAAAAUGAUAAAGAAGUUAGUUUCUCUGUGGUGCUGUAUCGGUGGGGAAAUAAAACACGGAAAUUUGGUAUUAACAAUUAAGUUUUAGUUCGAGCUCCAGCCAUCCGAUAGUUACCGUUCCUUAUUCAACGUUGUCUUGUGGGUGAAACCUAUUUGAAGCCUUUAGUGCACAGCCAAAAAGAGAAAAUAGUGAGUUCAUUAAUUGUGAACUUACGCAAAAGGAAGCCGAAGAAAAGAAAAACGGCAAACUUCUUGUGACAAGUGUGACAAUAAUUAUUGAGUUUGAAAAAAUUUUCCACCAAACUUCACCUUCAUUUAAACACAUCUCAGUUUCCUAAAAGACCAGAACACUUUAUUGGUAAAUGACGAUCACGGCAAAACUCGCAAUUGAUAACCCAUUCACGUUUGUCACACAUAAGCCGGCAUUUUCGUCUGUCUGUCGUCCUUUUGCUAAGCUCCCUAAUAUUAAGGAACUACGGUAAAGAUUUCCAGAUGGCGAAUUUAUUUUAACUUACUCACAAGCCACUGACGGUAGAAAGAAUUCUACUGAUUAAAUGAAUGAGAGAACAGCAUUUUACAAAUUAAUGAGAAAUACUUCCGAUCUCCUUUUUCCAGCAGAUUGGUACAUUUCAGUUGUUGUGAAGCUUCUCAAAGGUGAAUAUAAGAGGCGCUCUCAGUUAAGACCACUUCUUUGGGACAACACCAUCGAGUUACCGUUGGAUGACGUCUACACGAGACUCAAAAUCGUUUCAAGGCGGAAAGCCGACUUCCGGGUGGAUGAUAACGAGGUGAAUGUGUUCGACAUCUUCACAGCACUUGACAAAGGUGAGGAUGUUAUGACGCUUGUUGAAGGGAGUCCAGGAAUCGGUAAGACUACGUUUUGCCUUAAACUUGCUUAUGACUGGGCACAUGGAAAAAUCCCAGUGGAGUGUUCUUUUCCCAAAUUCGAGCUCAUGUUGCUUUUGAAAUGUCGAGAUAUACAUAACGAUAUAAUGGAAAGUAUCAGUGAACAACUGUUGCCAGAAGAUAUGGAGGAGAAGGCUAAAGAGAGGCUAUUUAACUUCAUCAAGGACAUUCAUAACCAGGAGAAAACUUUAAUCAUUUUGGACGGUUUGGAUGAGCUUCCCAAAGAUUCCGAACGUUAUGUAGAUAAACUGCUUCAAAGGAGAAUUUUAUCAUUUUGUUAUGUUUUGGCUACCUCCCGGCAAGAGAGGGGAAUUGAUGUACGGAAAAAGUACGGUUUUGAUAUCCUUUUGGAGAUUAAAGGAUUCACAGAAAGUGACGCGUUUGAGUAUAUCAGAAAACAUUUUAAAAAUGUUGGUCCCUUGCAUUCAUCAAAGGGAGAAAGUCUCAUUAAGGAAAUAGAAGAAAACACUCUGUUACAUGCCCUGCGAAAUAAUCCGUUAAAUUUACUUCUUCUUUGUGUUAUUUACGAGGACUAUGAGGGGAAUUUACCGUCUUCCCGUUCUGAGCUUUACCAAGUUAUUGUACUGUGCCUUUUAAGGAGAUAUUGCGCUAAACACAAUCUAGAGGCUCCUAAAGAAAACAGCGCCUUAGAGAAGCAAUAUGAAGAGACUAUUCUCGCACUUGGAGAGUUAGCUUGGUUGUGUUUGCUGAGCGAUCGCUAUUGUUUUCGUGAAAGUGAAUUAGCUGCGCUUGAAAGAAGAUACAAAGGAUUGGUAUGUCGUGACAUAGGCCUAGUUUACAAGGAAGAAAGUCUGAGGAGGUUAAUGCCCCAACAUGAGUACUACUUUCUUCACAAGACCUUCCAAGAAUACCUGGCUGCCGCCUUUAUUGCUGACAAGUUGCGAGGAAACCAGUUAAGGUACAAACUCGCAGAAUCAAAAGUACUUGAUCACUUUUUCAUAGCUCUUCACAAAGAAAAACAAAGACCAUAACUUGGGAGAGAUGCAAACAUUCUAUUCACUCAGAUUGGUGAGGAGCUAAAAAACUGGGGAGAGUGGGAGUGGUUCACUUGCACACAGUCUGGAGUGGUGACAAUGGAUGACCGCGAGAGGGAAGAUGACUGGUAUGACUGUGACAAUGACGACGAGGAGGACCAAGGCAGGGAAGCAGCAACUUUCCUUACGAAAAGCAUCAGUGAAACUGGACAUGCUGAAAAAAUGGCCGAGACCCUUUGUUCCUACUUACCGUUUCCUACGCAUGUACAGAUUUACCUUGACGAUCCUUCCAAAUAUGAUAUUUAUCACGUUUUAGAUUCCUUCAGAAAUUUUUCAAAUUUGCAGAAGCCAGUUUGGCUUACUUUUCGUCAUCGACUCAGGCUGAACGACAGUGACUAUCAGACUGUUGUAGAGUACAUACAAGUUUGCUCUGAGCUUCAGACUCUAAGCAUUUUUUCCCCUGCAAUGAAAUCAGAUCUAGCCAUAGCCCUACGUAACGGCUUAUCCGGAAACACGACUUUAUCAGAGUUUAUUCUUGAAGUGUGUGGCAGCAUCCCUUGUGACGCAGCUCUUGUCAUCGGUGAAUUGUUGGCUUCACGUAAAUCCUUGAAGAACGUAAAAUUUCUACUUCGUAGAGUGCAAGGCGUAGCUUGGGUCAGUGCUAUUGAAACUGCAUUGUCUGCUGACACUCUUUUGUCGUCUGUGAGCCUCAGGGUUCAUGGGUCAUUGAGUGAUACCGCAGUCAACGGUUUAGGAAAGCUUUUAUCAAAUGAAUCUUUAACCUCAUUUUCCCUAAAUAUAUUUGGGGAUAUGCAAGACUUGCUAGCUACUAUUAUCAGUAAAGGAAUGGCACAACAACCCGCAUUAAAGUCGCUCAAUAUUGGCAUCGAUGGCAACCUUAGUCAUUUUGCUGCCAAUGUCCUAGAAAAAGGCCUUUUAGAAAAUCGUACUCUAAAAGAUUUGAAAAUUUCUGUCCGUGGAAGAGUUCCAGACAACUGGCAAGCUCUUACGGAACGUGUUCGUUUGGGAAAUAAGGCGUUAGUUACUUUAAGUGUUUACCCAGGUUCGUGCAGAAGAAUAACGCAUAAUCAGUUGGCUUAUUUUUGUCCUGGUCCAGAUGUGGACGAGAACGGAUUACAGACGAAACAACAUUUAACUGUAGUCCUUUGGGGUGAGAUGAGUUCUGAUGGGGCAGAAGCUCUAUUUGAAGCCUUGGUACUUUCCCCGCUGACAAGCCUCACUUUAAAAGUGCAUGGAAAAUUAACUUACACAGUAGCUAAUUGCAUUGCAAGAUAUAUAAGACGACACAAGACACUUUGCUCCAUGACGAUCGAUGUUUGGGGGGAAUUGGACCCAGAAACAGGUGCUGUUCUUCAGGGACUAUCGGAUAACCACGUAAAUGUCGAGGUAAAUGUUCAUGACGUCUGUGUCGUCCCGGACGAAUCGUGCAAUUUCCUUGAUGUCUGUAUUGACAGUAUUGAAUCACUUUCAUCAGUGCUGAAUGCAAUCAAGGAUACCAGAGAGGAAAAGAUCAAAUUAAAAAUCAUUAACGACGAUGGUGCAAGUAAAGAAUGGACACACCUUGUUGGUGAUGCUUUGGCAAAAAACAAGACAGUAACCGCGCUCGAUGUUACGAUCAACAACUUAAUAAUAAGCACGACAGCAGACUUAGGGAAAGACCUUGGGGAGAGUUUGUUGAAAAGCUCUUCUCUGACAGUUUUAAAUCUCGCAAUCAACAACUACGGUAACAUGGCAAAAGGCUGGGAAUGUAGAUUGGUGAACUGCUUGGCCAAGGUGACUUCCUUAACUACACUCAGUCUUGGUAUUGAAGAUCAUGGCGCGCAGAGCACAGCAGAAGAAAGUUUGGGUGACAGUUUGAUGGGAAUGACUUCAUUGUCUACACUUUCCGUUGUAAUCAAUGGCAGUAAUUUGGAUGAAUUCUGGAGUUGCUUUUUGCGAAACUGUUUGGUGGAAAACACUUCAUUGUCCAUACUCUGUGUCACAGUUAACUACGACGACGAAGACAACAACAACAACGAGAACGACAACGAGAACGACAACGACGACGACAACGACAACGACGACGAGAACGACAACGAUUCGCUUGAUUCGUUUCGUCACUCAGAUGACGUCGAAGAGCCUGAAUACUGGUAUAAAGGUCUGGCUAAUGGCUUAGCGAGAACUGCAUCAUUAAAUGAAUUAACUCUGACAAUAAAGGACCAAACCCUUACUAGACCCUGCUGGGAAGAAAGUGUGUGUGAAGGAAUGGCAGAAAACGAGACAGUAACUACUCUUACGGUGACGGUCAGCAGUGAUGACGAUUACCAUUUUUGUGAGAUGUGGGCCCUUUUCCUGAAUACUGGUUUGGCGAAAAACAAGUCAUUAACUACGCUCACCCUGACAAUGAAUUUGUGCUCUGAAGGUAAGCGGCUUAAAGGCUGGGACCCAUUCUGGUUUCGUAAUAUGCAUCCUGGAAACCCGUCGUUUCCUACACUCAAUCUGACCAUCAACAUCUGCGGGAAAGCCACUGAAGACUGGUUACCCUAUAUUUGCUGUCUUCUAGUGAACAGGUCUUCGUUGACAACCUUUAGAUUGAACGUUAACAACCAUUGCGCUACAAAUGAAAGUCGCAUAUAUGACUUUAGUAAACUUCGUUUAAAAUGCAGAUCACUAUCUUCUUUUGAACGCACUGUAACUUUCUAUGGAGAGUAA